AUGAUAAGAGACCCCGACCCGGUCGAAAUCGGGUGGAUGGGGGACGCGUCGACAAGCUAUGGUAUUGGUGUUACCAUCGGUUGCCGCUGGGCCCAAUUUCAAUUAACCAAGGAAUGGAACCAUGAUCCCAAACCAAAACGAGACAUUGCAUGGCUCGAAACAGUCGCGAUAAGGCUUGGCUUCCUCGCAUUGACGCACCUCCAAGUAAAAAAGGGGAAGACGCUAAUAGUUUGGACCGACAAUACAACCACAGAGAGUGCCAUCCUGAAACGUAAGUCUAAACACGUAGCGUUGAAUGAAGAGUGGAAGAUCAUACAGGAGCUGUUGAUCACGAUGGAGUUAGACAUAGUCUCAAGAAGAGUCUCAUCAGGGGAUAACAUUGCAGAUGCGCUGUCAAGGGGUGAUAGGACGGGCCGUGACCCCCAGCUCCAGAUCCCAAUCACCAUCCCUUUCGAUUUAAGACAUAGGUUGUUCCAGUCUGUUUACUUAAAGAAAAUUACUGCCAUAACGAGCAACGGCUCGUCUCCCAGAGACCCAUCAGCCCAGGAGAGACAUUACCUACUAGGCUGCCGGUGGAACACACUCCUCAGUUACAAUGCUGUGAUCAAAAAGUACCAAACCUUUGCAAGAGAAUCUGGCAGGGCAACCUUCAACCUUCCCUUAUCAGCGCAAGACAUUUAUGACUUCUGCUGUUGGGCAGGGAGGACGGCUGAGUCCUCAACGACUCACGAUAUCUCUGCCAAUACCCUCAGCAAGUACUUGGCCGGGCUACAAAUGUGGCACGUCUAUCACGACGCCCCUUACCCGACUGACUCCAAGGCUAAAGUAGCCACCUUCCUGAAAUCGUCGGUGUAUGUCGACGCAGAGACAGCGGCGAAGCCUCCGAAGAAACCGGUAACCGUCAAGAACCUCAUCAAGCUGACCAAGCUGCUAAUCAACGGAGACCCCUUCCAGAAAGCCCUCCUAGAUUUGAGCGUUGUAGCAUUCUGGGGAAUGGCCCGGUUGGCAGAGCUCACCUACAACAAAGAAACCGGACCUCUAAGAAAGACCGCCUCCCUCUUAACCACAGACAUCAAACUGGUCUACAAGGAGAGAGAAAACCUCGCCAAGCUAACCAUCCGAGGAGCAAAGACGGCUAAUCCUGGACAAACUCAGAUUAUCUACCUCAAGGAGCUCCCCCAUAUGCUCUGCCCCGUCCUAGCCGUCAAGAGGAGGCUCACCGAAGCGGGAGGCAAGGACACCUUGCUUUUUGGCUAUACCGACGAUCAAGGAAAUCGGAUCCACCUCACCAGGCCCAGAGUGACACAGGCGCUAUCCAAGAUUUGGAAGGCCAGCGGCUUUGAAGGAGUAUCCGGUCACUCCUUCCGGGUUGGGGGAGCCUCCAUCCAAGUCGCGUUAGGAGUGCCGAUUAGCGAGAUAUGUAUCAGAGGACGGUGGGCCUCGGAUUCCUAUAAGCUAUACCUCCGUGACUUCACUAAGAAUGAAAUGGAGCACACUGACGCUCUCCUCGCCGAUAAAGAGAGCAAAGCAACGCAGGCUCGAGGCCACCCUAUCCUCGAGAAUUGGGUCAAGCGUUUUGCCUCACCCCCUUUGGGGGUGUCUUUCUGCUCCGGGGAAGCGCCUCGGCUACUCCCGGAAACCUCUCGUGAGUCUUCACCCCUUGGCCCGCCUCACCGGCAGAUCCAAGGGGAGGGACUCACUAAAGGGUUCCAAUAG